AUGCUUGAAGGUAAAUUCGACGAGUCCACUCUUUUGAAGAAGAUCGUGGACGCCAUCAAAGACUGUGUCAAGUUAUGUAACUUCAACUGCACAGAACAUGGCAUAACUGUCCAGGCUGUGGACGACUCUAGAGUGCUUUUGGUUUCGUUGUUGGUGGGCCAGACUGCCUUCUCUGAGUACAGAUGUGACAGAGACAUCACAUUGGGAAUUGACUUGGACUCGUUUUCCAAGAUCAUCAAGUGUGGUAACAACGAAGAUUACUUGACCCUUUUGGCCGAGGACUCUCCCGAUGCCGUGAUGACCAUAUUCGAAGACAAGAAGAAGGAAAGAGUCAGUGAAUACUCGUUGAAGUUGAUGAACAUCGACUCGGAGUUCUUGAAGAUCGACGACAUGGAAUACGACACCGUCAUAAAUAUGCCAUCGACCGAAUUUGCCAAGAUCGUCAGAGACUUGAAGAACAUGUCGGAGUCGCUCAACAUCAUUGUCACCAAGGACUCCGUCAAGUUCACCUCUGAGGGUGAAUCUGGAUCUGGAUCUGUCGUGUUAAAGCCUUACACAGACAUGGACAAGCCUGAAGAGAGUGUCACUGUCCACUUGGACCAGCCAGUAGACUUGACGUUCGGUUUGAAGUACUUGAACGAUAUCAUCAAGGCUACCUCGUUGUCCGGAACCAUCACCAUCAAGUUGGCUGACAAGACCCCCGCCUUGUUCGAAUAUAAGUUGGAUGUUGGAGGGUACUUGAGAUUCUACUUGGCUCCUAAGUUUGAUGAGGACGAGUAAUGCAUUUAGUUCUGUCUAGUAUUAAUAUAAUAUCAUUG